AAUUUUAAGUGCUAAUUGAAUUUUUACGUCGUAAAAUUGACAAUUAUUCUCUAUACAUCAAUGUGGAAGAAGUUAAACAAUAUUUCUGACUGUGUUGUUAGUUUAUGUUUUUUUCUAAAAACGUGGUGCACGGAUGACAGAAUGAUCUGACAACCUCCUUGACCUGUGGUCAAUUGUCAAUUGCUGUCACCGCAGGGGAUCGUUUUGUUUUUGUGAGCAAUUUGCUAGCAGAUAGGAUUAAAAACUGGUUUUUAAACACUACAAGAAAAUUAUGACUAAAAAGCAACAUAAUUAAAUCAAGUGAAUACAUAUCAAAAUCAAUCAACUUUAUCUGCCUCAGACCUACAUGUAUAACCUGAAAAUGCUAAAGGGAAAAGGUCAGCUGAAAUUUGAGGAUAAGUGGGUUCAUAUGCGCCCCAUUGUUUUGAAACUUCUGAAACAAGAAGCGGUGUCUCAAGCUGAGUGGCAUGAUCUGUUUUAUGAUGUACAUUUGGUAUGUCUUUGGGAUGAAAAGGGGCCUGCAAAACUGAGGGAUCACCUGCAUGAAGACAUAGUACAAUUCAUUAAGCAGGCUCAAUCUAGAGUAUUAGCUCAGAGAGAGGAGGAAGCAUUGUUAAAAGCCUAUAUAGCUGAAUGGAGGAAAUUUUUUACACAAUGCAACUAUCUACCAACCCCUUUUCGACAGCUUGAAAGCAGUCUUCAGGGCAAGACAACAUCUGCCAGUUCCAGUAUGCAAGGUAGCAACAACAAACCCAACAGCAGCGAUGAGUGUAUUGUUCGUAAAUUGAUGCUCGACAGUUGGAAUGAAAGUAUUUUUAGUGAUAUUAAACAUAGAUUGCAAGAAAGUGCUAUGAAAUUGGUGCAUGCUGAAAGGAAUGGAGAGGCUUUUGAUUCCCAAUUAGUUAUAGGCGUAAGAGAAUCUUAUGUAAAUUUAUGCUCCAAUCCUGAUGACAGAUUAGAGAUAUAUAGAGAAAAUUUUGAAGCAGCUUAUAUUCAGAGUACAGAAAUGUUUUAUAAAUUAAAAAGCAGUCAGUAUUUGGCGGAAAAUGGAGUACAAGCUUAUAUGAAGUAUGCCGAUGCUAAGCUUAAGGAGGAAGAGUCGAGAGCCCAAAGAUACUUAGAAGGUAGGACAAAUUAUACUCUUUAUGAAGAUACUUGGCUGAACCUAAAAAUUGGGGUCUGAUCAGUUAUGAGUUUCUUGCAUAUAGUGUUCGUAAAAUCCAAGCAAUUUGUUUGUGACCGGUUUCCGUUUUUGCCGGGAAUAUUUUGAUAGAUUGAUUAUUACAAUUUCAUUGGUCGCUGUACUUCA